GUUUUUGUUAGUAUAGGUAUAGAUUUUGUUAUCAGCCCACCCCAAAAUUAAUUCUCAACCCACAGGCCACAGCUCAGCCCCUGACUUUAGAAGAAGAUCGGAAGAAAGAAAAUCGAAGAACCAAGAGCUUGGCAGCUUGUGACGACCGGCGCUCCAACCUGUGACCUGCGACCCUUCGCCGUCCACGCCUCUUCGUCUUCGUCCAUCCAGACUCCAGCGUCCUUCCUCUCUCGCCUCUCAGCUCUUCCUCCAUCUCUGGCGCAGCCAGGUAGGACGUACCGACGGAGCUGGUCAUCUCUUCUUUGCCCGCUAUCCAUUUUUGUUGGCGAGUUGAAGAAGCUGAAAUCUCCGAUCCAUUUUCCGGGUUGAAGAGCUGCUCUGUAUUAGGGUGCAAUCGUUUAACAUUGCUUGAAUAGAACAUGAGAAUACAAAAAAGAACAUUCCCAGUUAAGCAGGCUUUGUAGCUCCCACAUUUAGGGGACCUGAUAAUUUUGUGAGGCUGUAGCUGUUGUAUGAUAUAGUAACUUAUAGAUGUGGUUGGAUUGCUGGAAGCUGUUUGGAGUACAAAAAAUAAUGCCCAAGAAGGUGAAACUUGGAGAAGAUCGAAAUAGAAGCUUCGGUUAGGAGUUAUCGCGAUUUGAGGUGACGCUUUGAUGAUGAUGUUGAUUUCGAGAGAGCUUCUGCUAGAAAAUAUAAUUAGUAAAUCAUUGUGACGCUUUGAUGAUGAUGUUGAUUUCGAGAGAGCUUCCGCUAGAAAAUAUAAUUAGUAAAUCAUUGUAACUCCAUUUUCAAUAUCUUUAGUUAGUGAAUAAUUAUUUUUGGGUUUAAGUUGUUUUAGCCUGUGCACUCGGUUAAGGGAGAACCGAGUGUGGCGGUAACGCCCCUAUUUCCCUUUUGAUUUCCGCUGCAAAACUCUGAUGUUUUUGAAUAAAGUAUUGUUUUUGGAUGGGAAAUUUGGGGGUGUUACAAACUUGCACCGGACUAUGUUUGGAGGGAACGCUGCAAACUUGUCUCUUUCAAAAGUUGGUGAAAUUGCUCUAAAACUUGUACCCAAACCACUUCAGGGACCCGAACCAAAGUUCAUAUCAUUAUUGCAAUUAUGUAAUACUCCAAGGAACCUCGAACAAAUUCAAACUCAGAUCACAGUACGAGGUCUUGAUCAAGAUGAGUACACAAUGCCUCUUUUCCUGCUGAAAUGUUUCGAAUUAAAUCAAUUUUGUUGCGCUCGCCAGCUGUUUGAUCAAACUACCUACCCAAGCUCUUACCUCUGGAAUACUAUGUUCAAAGGGUACCUCCUUAAGAACCAGCACAGAGAGGUGCUGGUGCUUUUUCGCCUUAUGAGGAAUGCAGAUGAGAAGCCGAGCUGCUAUACAUUCUCCAUUAUUUUGAAGUCUUGUGGGAGAUUAUUUGCUCUGAGAGAAGGUGAGGAAGUGCAUUGUGUUGUAUUCAAGACUGGACUCAGGUCUAAUACAUUUGUGGGCACUACUCUGAUCGAUUUGUAUUCAAGAACAAUGCAAAUCAAGUGUGCUCAUACAGUGUUUAGUGAGAUGGUUUUGAGAAAUGUAGUAACAUACACUUCUAUGAUCAACGGCUUCAUUGAGAACGGUGAUUUGACUACUGCUAGGAGGCUAUUUGACUCGGCACCGGAUCGAGAUGUUGUCUUGUGGAAUACCAUGAUUGUGGCCUAUAUUGAGUGUAGGGACAUGACAGAGGCUAGGAAACUUUUCAAUGUGAUGCCAAUGAAGGAUUUGAUGUCAUGGAAUACCCUGUUGAAUGGCUAUGCGAAAUCUGGGAAUGUUGAGGAGUGUGAGAAGCUGUUCAAAGUAAUGAAGGAGAGAAACAUAUUUUCUUGGAAUGGUUUGAUAAGAGGAUAUGCCCAUAAUGGACAUUUCGUCGAAGUUCUUUGUGCUUUUAAUAGGAUGUUAACCGUUUCUGAAGCUCAACCUAACGAUGUCACUCUUGUUAAUGUGUUGACUGCUUGUGCUAGACUAGGAGCUCUUGAUAUGGGCAAGCGGGUGCACUCUUAUGCGGUGAGCAUUGGUUAUAAAGAUAAUAUAUAUGUUGGGAAUGGUUUGGUUGAUAUGUAUGCAAAGUGCGGGGUGAUUGAAAAUGCAACUGAUGUUUUUAUCAGAAUGGAAGUUAAAGAUUUGAUAUCUUGGAACACAAUUAUUAAUGGUGUGGCGGUCCAUGGUCAGGCAGUUGCUGCCUUGAUGUUAUUUAAUCAGAUGAGGGAUGCUUGUGUAAGACCUGAUGGAAUAACUUUCAUUGGUGUACUAUGCGCUUGCUCCCACAUGGGUCUAGUCUCAAAGGGAUUUGACUAUUUUCAAUUGAUGGUCAAUGAGCAUUCUCUUGUGCCUCAAAUUGAACACUAUGGCUGUAUGGUUGAUCUUCUGGCCCGUGCUGGCCAUUUUGAGCAAGCUGUGGAAUUUGUGCAUAAGAUGCCUAUGCCAGCUGAUAGUGUUAUAUGGACCACAUUACUUGGGGCUUGUAGGAUUUACAAGAAAGUCGGUUUUGCUGUAUUGGCUCUUCAAAAACUGACUGAGCUUGACCCAAAUAACCCUGCAAACCAUGUAACUCUUGCUAAUAUCUACGGUGAUGCUCAUAGAUGGAAAGAUGUGGCAAAGCAGAAGGUUGCCAUGAGGGAUACUGGUUUUAAGAAACUGCCAGGGCAUAGCUCUAUUGAAGUUGACGACCAUGUAGCUGAGUUUUAUUGCUUUGAUGAGAGACAUGCCAAGACACAUGCUAUAUAUGGAGCUUUGAAAGGAUUGAUGAAAACAUCAAUAUCUUGUGAUACUUCAUGGAAUUUGAUAAAUGAACCUUGAUCAAGUUGAACAUGCCCGUUAUAGGAAAACCCCAUGUUUGGUUUAAACUACAUUCUCCUUCUUUCAAGAUUAAGUGGGUACUUGGCUCCACAAGAAGAUUGUCGACCCUCUUCUCUAAAUCCUCAGUAGGUAUUAUCUCCCCCUUUUGGAAAUCUGAAGAUUCGCAGUAAGAUUAGUAAGGAAGGAAAUAUAAGGUUUGUUAAAUCUGCACAUUUCAAUGAAUGAAUGAUUAUCUUUGUUAUGGGGAGCCGAACUGAAGCAAUUAGCAUUCUCGGGUGCACUUGGCAUUACGUUAGAAAUCUUCCUCAUUUGUGGUGUUACUAUAUGUCUGUGUGGAUUGGCUAUUGCAUUGCUUGGAUCUUUGUGUCAUGCUCCAACAGUAAUGCUUGCUAACUUUAUUGCCACCCCAAUUGAAUUGAGUUUGAUAAUCCCAUUCCUGCGAUUGGAGAAUCAAUUACUGGCGGCUCUCAUUUUUCUUUGGCGGCUCUCAUUUUUCUUUGGCGGCUCUCAUUUUUCUUUGACAUCAGAUGCACUAAAGAGGUUUUCACCGGUGAAGCUUCACAUGAACUCUUGCUGAGUAUUUUACGUGCGUUGUUGGGAUGGAUUGUGGCUGCACCAUUCAUUCUAGCAGGCCUAUAUAUACUCUUCUUGCCAUGUUUUGCAAUCUUGGUCAGUAAGACAGUAAUUUGAGUGGCACAGCUCUUCCAUCUUCCCCCAAGAUCCCAUUAAUUCAACCCCAUGCUGAACUAAAGGUCAAGGUGAGAUAUGUCUGAUCAACAAGGGUAAGGGAAAGUUUGUUGCAUAGGCAAAGCUAAUGAAUCUCAUCUUGUUACCUUUGCUUGUAAACAGAACUCUGGAGAGUCCUAUUUAUGCAUGUAUAUAUGUGCCAAUAUUUGAUGCAUAUUUUGCUAAUAAUUUGGACGGAGUGCUCCCUCUGUACCCAUAGAAAUAUUCAUGUCUACCCAAUGCAUAACUUUUGAGUUUAAUAACCAAACUUAGGGAUGUUAA